AUGGCACGAAACAUCACGCAAAGCAAUGCUUUACUUUCUGGUCAAUUUACAAACUACAGACUAUACGGUACUUUAACCUCCGAACAAAAUUCACAACCCAUAUGGUAUGAUGAUUGUUACUGUGCUUCUUCGUCCGCCUGCAUAAGCCAAUAUGAGAUUAUCAGUUAUCCUGACUUCACGAAAACAUUCUAUGUGCCAGAAUUCUAUUAUGGAUGCUAUAUAGUUGAAGCAUUACUUCAAUCCAGUCUGCAAUGUUUUUAUGAUGAAACUUGCAUUAAUACAAUACAAAUAUAUUUAGAUCCGUCAAACACUAUUAAUGUAACGGCUCUUGAUAUAUCAUUAUCAAAUCGGUUUUACGAGAAUACUACUAUCGAAGAACUUCUGGAUGAAUUGAUGGUUGAAAAAUGGAAUUUAUCAAGUUCCUAUAAGAAUUAUUAUAAUGAAUGUCAACCAUUCCAAUGUAGUUAUAGUCAAACAGUACAGAAUAGUGCAAUUUAUAUUGUAACAACAGUGAUUGGAUUGAUUGGUGGCUUGAUUACAGCUUUGGAAAUGGUUCUCCCACUGAUCGUUCAUAUUUAUACGCGAUAUUCACGCAGAUCAUUGAGACCAAAGAAUGGUAAGAUCAGGAAGCCGUACAAACUUGAAUCUACGCAAAAUAUACGCAUUAGCGUGUACAUCCAAGUGUUAACAUUGGGUUUAGAAGUUUAG